UCAUUUCAAAUUUGUAUUUUAACAAAUGAGGUAUUUUGGAAAUUCUCAAUUUUUGAAAUUCUCGAUUUUUUGAAACUCGUUUGAAAGAUAGUUAACUAGCUAACCGUUAUAAUAAGUAGAAAAAGGUAUUAAAAAAACGCCCAAUUAAGAAGUUCAUCAUCAACCGUUAAAGCAAUUCAAAGCGAGAAGGGAGACGGCAUCAUUGGACGUUGUUCUCAACCCAGCCCCGCCCUAAUUCACCAAUCCCCUCACCAAGCAAUCCCUCCACCCAGCAAAUCCCACCCCCCAGCCCCCAUCCAUCCCUAGCCGAGGAUCUUGUUAAUUGCAAGCGGUAAGCGAAACGAAUAGAAAACUAAAGAGGAAUAAACGGAUUCGCACAGGCUCGCCAACGAUUGUGUGGCAAAGCCAAAGAUUUCCCGAGGCCAGAAUUUCGCUUUAAUUGACAAACAAUAAGUAAGCAGCCUCAAGAUUCAGCCAUUUGGCAUAAGCUAUCAUCAGAGGAUGACAUCGACACAGCUGCAACAGUCAACGGCUGGACCGGUUGCACCGAAACUAACCCUGGCAACCGCACAGGCAUCGCAGCCGACUGUGGCCAUGCCAGCCGUGGCCGUGGAGGCGCCACCGGCGGAGCCCAUCUAUGGCACUGUGAUACCCAAUCGCGUCUUUGUCGGCGGCAUUAGCCGCGACACAACUGAAUCGGAUCUGAUGAUCGCAUUCAGUGCCUAUGGGACGGUGCGCAGCACCAAGAUCAUUGUGGAUCAGGAUGGCUUCAACAAGGGCUACGGCUUCGUCACCUUUGAGACGGAGGAGGAGGCGCAACGCCUCCAGUCGGUUGGCAAGUGCGUCAUCUUGCGCAAUCGUCGCCUGAACAUUGCGCCGGCCUUCAAGAAGCAGCCGAUCCGGCCCAAGCUACAGCCGAUCAUCGAGACAAACGGCACCGUUUACUUUACCACACAGCCGCCGCCACCGCCGCCGCCGACGGUCAACACAAUACCCAUCGAGCAAUAUGCCACCGCCACAUACGGUCCGGCUGCCCCAGUUGCCGAAUACACCACCGCCGCCAUGCCCACCAUAUAUCAGCAGGCGCCGGCCGGCGUCCAGUACCAGCCAGUCUACCAAUACUAUAGUGUGCCGGUCAAUGUGCCAGCCGUUUGGCCCCAGAACUAUUAUCACGAUCCGCAGGCAUCCAAUUCGCAGACAUCGAUACCGCAGCAGACCGCCUGGGAGUUCGAUGGGACCAACAGCAGCAGCUGGCGCUCAACCUAGUCAAAUGUGGCGUGCAUGCUAUUUCUCUACUCCUCGUGCAAUACAAAACCAACAACUGGAUUCAACAAAAUGGAAGUAAAUGAAACAAACAGAAGAAGAAGAUGAUGAUGAAGAAGAAGAAGAAGUAGAAGCAGACAUAAUACCCAAGCCAGAAUAAACGACGAACACUUGAAGAUGAGCGACUAACAACGAAGAAAAAAUACACUACAAAAAGAAACCGACAGCAGCUGCGCAACUGUGUCGUUAGACACAUAUGUGUGUAUAUAUAUAUAUAUAUAUAUAUAUAUAUGUAUGUAUAUAUAUGUAUGUAUAGUGAGGUUAGAAUAUUUAGGCGCAAUCGGGGUCAAAUCGAACAGAUAUAUAGUCAGAAUAGACUCAAGAUUCCGCAGAUAUUGAAGCAAUACAGAUACAACAGAUACACACACAGGCAUGUAUAUACACUUACAUAAUCACACACACACACACACACACACACCCACACACACACACACGCACAUACACUCACAUUUACAUACAUACACACAACAAUACACACACGCCAGCAUACUUAGAUGCAGACAUGCAGGCUUACCAACACUUACACUCACACUCACACACACACACUCAUACACACACAUAUAUAUACCCCCUUUUGCCCUGUGCUUCAAUUGUAGCCCAAAUAUUCGUCUAGAACCCAAUUGCAUCCAUUUAACUCAAGAAC